AUGAAUAUUGGAAGUUCUAGCCAGAACCCACACUACGCAAUGGAAAGAGAUCAAGUAGCCCUCCCAGAAGGACUGGAGACAGAAGAGAGCGAUGCUAAGCAUUUAGCCCAAGGCAGUAUAGGAAGUAGACUCUCCGAGGCUGACUCCAGGAGGUUAAAUCAAAUACAGGAAGCCGUGCUCCGACAGGAGGCUAUGGCACAAAGGAGCUAG